AUGUCCGGUGAAGGCAAAAACGCAGUAGAACAAGAAAUAACCAACGACAGUCGAAGUCAGUCCACACCCCCUGCUUCUGCAUCAAUGACUCCCACAUCAAUCACUCCAUCUGUGUCAAAUACAGAGGUUUCCAAAAACAGUAAAGGCAAAGCAAAUGGCAAUGUAGUCAAUGAGAGGGAAAAGAAGAAAGAAGCAUUCAUCACCAGAACCAUUUGGACAUUUGUCAUGAUUGGCGGUUUCUUUAUAAUCUUGGCCUCGGGCCACCUACCCAUUAUUUUGAUGAUCCUUGUUUUCCAACUCUUGACAUUCAAAGAAAUCAUUGCAUUGACAUCUGAACCAGCAAGAGACAAGAAAAUUCCAUACAAUCGAUCAUUGAACUGGUACUUUCUCGUUGCAACAUGGUACUACUUGGACUUCCCCAAGUUUGCCGAUUUCUUUCAAGAAAAAGUGUUUUCAGACAAGUUGCUAACUGUAUUGGUGAAAAGCCACAAGUUGGUGAGCUACUCAUUGUACAUGGCAGGAUUCAUCUUUUUUGUUUGGACAUUGAAAAAAGGCUACUACAAAUUCCAAUUUGCUCAAUUGUGUAUCACACACAUGACAUUGCUCUUGGUUGUGUUCCAAGCACACUUGAUCAUUGACAAUAUCCUCAAUGGAAUCUUUUGGUUCUUUUUACCAAGCGCCUUGGUCAUUGUUAACGACAUCUUUGCAUACAUUUGCGGAAUCACAUUUGGUAAGACUCAGUUGAUUGAAAUCUCACCUAAAAAGACCGUGGAGGGCUUCCUUGGAGCAUGGAUCUGCACUGGAAUUGCCGCAGUUAUUGGCGCUUCGCUAUUCUCCAAAUCGGACUACUUGAUUUGUCCAGCUCAAAACUUGUCAACACACUUGUACAAUUUCCCACAAUGCGAUCCUAACCCGGUUUUUAUUCCACAAAUUUAUCAAUUGCCCGCAAACAUUAUCGAGUUAUUGGGCGGCAAGAUUGAAAUGAUCACAUUCAAGCCCAUCUACUUCCACGCUGCCAUUUUGGCCACUUUUGCCUCCUUGAUUGCACCAUUUGGUGGCUUUUUUGCCAGUGGUCUCAAGAGAGCAUUUGGAAUCAAGGAUUUCGGUGACACAAUUCCCGGACACGGCGGUAUCACUGACCGUUUUGAUUGCCAAUUCCUAAUGGGUUCAUUUACAUACUUGUACUAUCAGACAUUUAUUAGCAAUCACAAUAUGAAUUUGGGCAAGAUCUUGCAAAUGGCAAUAAUAAACUUGAGCGUACCUCAGUUGCUUCAAUUAGUCAAGAGUAUUUUGAGAUAUUUGAAUAGGGAACAAGUCGUUAAUGACGAGCAAUUGAAACAGCUCUUUGAUAUCUUGGAAAGUACUCAGCAAUAA